AUGCGCCAUUCGAUUCGCAAGCUUCGCAACCCGAUCCAGAAUUACGCCUGGGGCUCGCGUACCGCCAUCGCGGGGCUACUCGGCAAUGCUGCGCCGAGUCCCGAGCCGCAGGCCGAGCUGUGGAUGGGUGACCAUCCGAGGGCCCCUUCGGAGGUCGAGGACGGUGCCGGUUGGCGUGCGCUCGACGUGGCCAUUCGCGAGACGCCGGAAGAGCUGGUCGGCCGGUCGGAAGGCGGUUUGCCUUUCUUGUUCAAGGUGCUGGCCGCCGCCGAGCCGCUGUCGAUCCAGGCCCAUCCCGACGCCUCCCAGGCCAAGGCAGGGUUUGCCCGCGACAACGCCGCCGGCUUGGCGCUCGAUGCCGCCAGCCGUAGUUAUCGCGAUGCCCACGCCAAGCCCGAGAUCCUCUACGCUCUGGAGCCCUUUUGGGUGAUGCGCGGCUUUCGCCCGCCGGAUGAGAUUCGCCAGUUGCUCGAGGCGGCCGGACUGACCGCCCUGCUGCCAUCGGCCGCGCUACUCGACGGUAAGGAUCCGGCGAUGGCGCUGGAGGCGUUUUACCGUGCUUGGUGGCACUUGCCGGAGCCCGCGACCCGGGCAGUGCUCGACCAGCUGGUGCCGGUGGCGGGCCGCUUGCACGGCGAUUCGGCUUGGCCUUGGGUGGGGCGGCUGGCGCGGGCUUACCCCGGCGACCGUGGGUUGCUGUCGCCGCUGUUGUUGAACGUAUUCGAGCUCGCACCCGGUGAGGCGCUCUUCACCGGUCCUGGGGUCUUGCACGCUUACCUCGAUGGCGUCGGCUUGGAGCUGAUGGGCAGCUCCGACAACGUGCUCCGGGGCGGCUUGACCGGCAAGCAUGUCGAUGUCGAUGGUCUGCUCGAUAUUUUGCGUUUCGCGCCGCAGUCGGUGGAGCUGUUGGCGGCGGAGCAGGUCGACCCGCAGUUGCAGCGGAUACGCAGCCCCGAUGGCCGGCUGAUGCUCGAUCGCUGGCAGCCGGGGAGCGCUGGCGCGGUGGCCGAGCCCCUGGGCGGCGGCGAGAUCCUGCUCUGCACCGAGGGUGCCGGCGGGCUGGCCGUGGCCGGGGCACCGCAUCGCCCGUUCCGCCGUGGCGAGGCCUUCUUCGUGCCCGCUUCGGUCAAGUCCUACACGGUGCAGGGCGAGACCGUGGUGUUCCGCGCCGGCGCCGCCUCACCGACCGCGCUACCGGCCUAG